CAAUAAUAUAUAUUUUGUCGGCGAUUUUCAUUUUUAUCGCAUUGUUUUACAAUUCGUUUAGUUUAACCCUAAAUCUAGGGGGAAAACAUAGUUUUCAAUUUUGCGAAAUAAGGGUCUAUACUUUCGAAAACUUCGAUUUCUGACCCCAAACUUCUUCUUCGGUCACCAUCUAUCACAAACCCAAACCUCGACAGAGAGGAAAUGGCGGGUCAAGGUUUUGCGAAACGGCCCUAGCUUUUUCGAUUUUGUAUUUCCCGCUUAAAAAAAUUCGCCAUGGAAUCGUAAUCGUAAGCUAACGAUUCCUAGGGUUUCAGUUUCUCUCUUUUUUUUUUGUUACUGUUUAUGUAUAAAAUGGGAUCUAUGAAUGGCUGUAGGAUUCGCUCUUCGUCGUCGUCGUCGUCGAUGGCUGGAUGGUCGACGGCACCAGACGCCGCCGUCAAAACUCCGAAGAGCUUCGACCUGAACAAGUCUCCCGAAGCAGUCUCCGACUCCGAUCCGGCGUUCGACGAGCUCGUCUCCUCGUUCCGACGCUUGCUCGAAUCGUUCGUCGUCGAGUUCUGUCCUCCGCCUCCGGCGACCGUCGAUCUCUUCCGCCUCUUCGUCGGCGUGAGUCACAGAGGCGGGUUCAAAGCCGUUACGGAGAAUGCUGCGUGGGAGGAGGUCGGGAGCGAGUGUGGAUUAGGUUUAUCUGCGAAAUUGAUCUAUGUUAAGUACCUCGCCGCGCUUGCGCGGUGGUUGAACAGAGGGGAUGGUGGUGGCGUGGAGCUGCCUGGAGUAUCGGAUGAUCUGAUUGGGAGGUUUGGGGAUUUUGUGGCUCAGGUGAAGAGGAAGUAUGAGUUGAUGAGGGAAGGUAUGGUUUCAAGAGAGGUGGGAGGAGAGUUUAAAUGGUUUAUAUCGAAAGCUAGGAGAAGAUUUGAUGAUAAGAAGGUGUUUCUUGAUUCUGGUUCUUCUUCCCCUGGGAAGAGGAAACGGGAGUGUUCUUUAGAGACGUUGAAGUGGUUAAGCGAGGCUGCUAAGGAUCCAUGUGAUGUGUCUAUUGGUUCUUUGCCGGAUAGAUCAAAGUGGGAUUGUUAUGGAAGUGAAGAGCCGUGGAAAGAGCUUCUUCUGUUUAGAGCUUCGAGAACGAACUCUGAUUUGGCUUGUGAAAAGAUUUGGCAGAAAAUCCAGAAGAUGCAUCCGUCUCUGUAUCAAGAUAGUGCUGGGACUAGUUAUAAUCUAAGAGAGAGACUCAGUUUCGAGAGGGGUCAGUUUAAUGAGAGGAAAGCUGGGAUAUCUUUUGAGGAUGGCUCGGGUUCAGAGGGUUCAGACGAGGAGGAUGAUGAAUCAGGUGGUCUAGUUGGUCCAGAGUUUCAAGCUGAAGUACCUGAGUGGACUGGGAUCACCACUGAAAGCGAUCCAAAGUGGCUGGGCACUCUGAUCUGGCCACUUAACAAAGAACAAAACAACAAAAAUAACCUUCUCAUAGAAAGAGAUCCUAUUGGAAAAGGAAGACAAGAUGCUUCCUGUGGCUGCCAAAAUCCAGGCUCUGUUGGUUGUGUCAGAUUCCAUAUCAAGGCAAAACAGGAGAAACUGAAACUCGAACUUGGUUCAGCUUUCUACAUGUGGUGUUUCGAUACAAUGGGCGAGGGUAACCUGCAGUAUUGGACAGAGUUGGAACUGAAGAAAGUGAUGUCUUUGAUGCCUUCUCCGCCUACACUUAUCCCGUCUUUCUUCGAUGAGCUCAGGAGCGUUCUUCCGUCAAAGAGCAGAGGAAAGAUCGUGAGCUACUUCUACAACGUGACCCUUUUGCAGUUUAGAGCAAAUCAGAGUAGAAUGACUCCUUAUGAGAUAGACAGUGACACUGAUACACAGUACAGGAUUGCAACAGCGAGUGAAGAUCCAAACCUGGAAGCAAACUCAUCACAGAAACCUGUCCUGCUUACACCUAAGAAAAAAAGACGUCGAUAGAGAGGUAGUAGCCUCGAUGAAUCUCAAUCUCACCCUGUUGGGUUUUAAGUGGGAGCAGCCAUUGAAAGUGCUUAUAAACUUCGGGGGAGAAAGGGUUCUGUUCAUCAGUUACGUCAGCUCAGCAAAUUCUGAUUUUGGUAUUUGAGGUAUAUACUUUCAUGAUCACUCCACUCUUUUGAUGAUUCUAUAGGAGUAUUUUUUUUUUUUGGGUUGGCAUUGCCAUUAAAAGGACUGAUGAAUCAGAGAGACGAGGUUUCUCCAAAACAAGUACAGUAAAAUUUCGGAUUAUUUUGGUGAAUAUAACAGAGGCAAAAUGUUAUUGCUA